AUGAUAUAUCCGUGGAAAGUGCUGUCCUCAUGGGCCCCCUUCAAGAUCGAUGCGCUAGGCCUGGUAACGCUACUCGGUGCAGACGAAGUCAACACCUCUGUCGGCCGAUUAGCACCGAGUUACUGGAUGGAGUUUAUGCCAUUACUUGCAGGAUUCGUUUUCGCAGGUGACCGUUUUAGGUCCAAACAAGCGUCUUUCACUUUAUACAAUGUCUCCAGCGGAAUUGUCACAGGGAACAUCGCUUCCUGGUUCACGAGGUGGAUGCAAACGCAGGACUUUGAAAGGUCACGGAGCCUGGUGUAUUGGGAAGUCCAGGCGAUUCCACGAAAAUCCUGGGGAAAUUUCAUCGUCGCCGUUAUUAUAUCCUUCGCCGUGACUGGCCUACUUAUUGCGAUGACUAUACUUGCGAGCGACUGGUAUGGGUUUGCCAAUGCUACAGCGCUGGUCUUUUUGACAGCUGUCCGGUCCUAUUUACUACAAUCGCAUCGAAAUGCGAUUGAUAGAGAAGUGAAAGCAGCGCGACCGCUUCCUACCACAUUCGCGGGGGCCUUGGAAGAAUGGGAAAAGAACAUCAAGAACGACCGCAGCGCUCCUAAGCCGGAAAAGGAUUCAAGAAAAUGGCGACCGGAACUCGUCAAAGUUCUUAUCGACUUGCCCGACUCUAGACUCGUGACGAUGUUUAUGCCAGAGCACCUCAUCCGUCCAGUAUUUGUGACAGACACCACCCCAUCGUCACCUUGGGUUUAUCGGUUGGCGCAAUGGGUGGGAUGGGUUGCAUUUUGCGUACAUAUCGUCACACUGGGUAUGGCUCAGUUAGCAACCCAACUAUACGUGGUGGUGAUUAUGGUUCUUUCAACUGUUCUUAUCUGCUACGGUUUCGGCUGUGACGACUCUACGUUAUAUAAAUGGUGGCAUCAGGCGCGGUACGGAGAUGCCCCGUCCUCCUACUCCUGCUGGGUGGGGACAUAUCUGAGAGCGACGGUAUCUGAGUGGCCCUCAGAUUUUGAAUUCGUUAGAGGCAAAGACGGGGCUUGGUCUAGAAGACUUGCUUCGGAUUUUCUAAAGCGAGAGCAGCGUUCGACUGCGCGUCAGGAUCUGUACGCGUGGCUAGACCUGAGCCCCGAGGAAAUGAGGAGUAUGUCUGACUGGCAUUUACUUCCGCAUAGACGCGAUCACGAUGAUUCCUGGUGGACGGAUUUCGCGGCGAAAAGACUGCUAGUCCAGCGUAACCCGCUGGAUAUAUCUCUACUCAAAGAGCAGAAGGAACAUCAUUCCAGGAUGGGUGAGAGAAAGGACGAAGAUCUCGACUGCCGUUUUUCCCAGUGCGGGGAUAUGGAAAAGGGUAACUCGAACAACCACAGCAGCAUUCGGUGCCGGUAA